AUGUUUAACAAAGACAAAUUUAUUAAGUGUAUACAAGACCAUCCCUCGAUAUGGAAAAGGGGUUGUAAAGAGUACACUGAUCGUAAUUUAAAGGAAGACAGUUGGAUUGCUAUAGGAGAAAUAAUGUUCGACGCAUGGGAUGAAAUAUCAGAUGAAGAAAAGCAAGAACAAGUGAAAGAGAUGAAAACUAAAUGGAGACAUAUGAGGGAUAGUUUCGGUAAAUACAUGAAUCAGGUAAAUAAUGGAGAUCCGGUUGUAAAGAAGAAGAAGUAUAUGUACGCCGACGCACUAUCGUUCUUACUUCAAUCGUUAAACAGAAGAAGGAAGUCGGGAAAGGCUACUCAUCAAAACCAAGAAGACGACGGGACCCAAUUCUCUUAUGAAAAUGAUGAAGUCAGUGGAACUGACGAGGAUAUAGUAGAGACUGUGUUACUUACCGGUGCUAAAACAUCGGUUUUAAAAAAAGACAUUGUUGGAACCUCACAAACUUUAAACGAUCUUGAGCGCAAACCUCUGGAAAAAUUUAACAGUCGAAGUACUGAAGAAGAAGACUCGGAUAAGUUAUUUUUAAUGUCUUUACUUGGAGACAUUAAGAAAUUAAGUGACGAUGAAAAACUAGAUUUCCGAUUUCAUACCCUUCAAUUUUUCCGUGACAUCCAACGCAAACGGAAGACUCUGUGA